AUGCCAGCGGUACAUGUAUCUAGCAGACGUGCCGAGAGACGCAGGAUUCCACCUACCUUACGCACGAAGAGUGGCUGCUUGACCUGCAGGUCGCGGCGGAAGAAGUGUGAUGAGGCCAGCCCUAUCUGCCAUCGUUGCAGCAAGUCAUCACGCGAAUGCACAUGGGCCCACGUCGCAUAUCCGCCGGGGGCAGCCCAUCCCCAUGUGCCUUCCUCUGCGCAGUCUGCGCCUCGGUGCACAAUCGCCGCGGGCAUCGCUGCGUGCAACAAUGCAGUCAUGCUGCGCGAUGUGGAGCCCGCAAUCGUCCAGCAUUUCGUGCGUCGCUACUUUGCUCUCAUCAUCAACCCUGAGAGCCACCAGCUGUUCUACCGGGACUGGAUGACAAUCAUUCAACAGGCGCUCUCGUGUCAUGGCGGCGUCCGAUAUUCGGUGCUGUCCAACGCUGCCUCCAAUAUCUUCUUUCGCGAUGGAAGCGCGAGCAUGCAAGAUCUCGCACUCAAGUACUACUCGCGAUCGAUGUCGAGUACUAGGGAAGUUGUGGCGGUGGUGAAGGAUACACCCGAACACUUGCGCACCACUCUGACGUCCAUCAUAUUCCUAUAUCUGCACGGUUGCAUGGGUCUUGGGACCUUCAACGAUAUUCCAGCCCAUCUCAAUGCAGCAAUUUUCAUUGUCGACAGUCAAUGGUUCGACACUCAUGAUCGCCCAAUACUCCCGGGGCCCUUUGACCGCUUGGUGGUAGAGAGCGUGAUGUACCAGAUCUUUGUCGUCACGGUGGACUUGUGGUCUUCCGAUGGCUCAACGCAAUCCCACUUCGAUCCGGAUUUCUGGGAGCGCUGCACCCGGUUCUUAACUGCUACUACGCCUUUCCCCGAACAACUAAAUACGCGUAAUAGCCCAGUCUUGGGCGUCGAUGUCGACAUGUUCCGCCUCAUGAUUAGCAUCAGGAAACACUGGUCUAUGAGACAUGUACGGCAUGCAGCUGCGUUCGAAUUGCGGACAGAAGAGUUACGAGGCUGGGAAAAGUAUGCCCACCUACUCGGGAACGAGGGCGAAAUAUGUGAGGGCACAAGCACUCGUAUGCUGCGAUCCAUUACGGAUGACGCAACCUGCCUCUACAUGUUGUGUGCGUCAAUGCUGAUUGAUCAGCUCCUCCGCCAUGCGGGGAAGGAGCAAGCAGCCGUGGGCGGGCAGAUACAAGAGGAGUCGUGGCAGAUACCCAUAAUUAUGGCAAUAUUGUGUCGAAGACGUCAAGACGCGAACUGGCUUGGAUGUUACAUUGGCAAUUGGCCGGUCUACACAGCUGGUAUAUUUGCAAACUCUUCCCGAGAAGUAGAAGUCAUCAACCACGAGAUGAACGAACGGUGGGAGAGCAUGCGGUUGUAUCAAGUGCGGAGAUACUGGGACGAUCUUAAAAUGAUAUGGGCGUCCAAGGGAAUCGACCCUUGA